GGAUGAGGUCUGAUAAUCCGGAAUUGAUGUGUGUUAUUCAUGAUGGUGAGGUUGUUCAACAGAAUACAGAGGUUGUUCAGGGGAUUUAGUUGUUUGAAGAAAUAAAGAGCAUAUACAGCAAUGGUACUAACACAGUGUUUCUAUAGUCCAUUUAAACAUUUAAAUAGGUGGACUAUAUCAAGAUGUUUUCAUGUAUCCUGGUCAGUUAAUUGUGUUAGAGUGAGAUUUGCUCCAUCUCCUACUGGUCAACUUCAUCUUGGAUCAUUACGAACUGCUCUAUACAAUUUUUUAUAUGCAAAGGCUAACAAUGGCAAAUUUAUUCUAAGAAUUGAGGACACUGACCAGACAAGGAAAGUGUCAGGGGCUGUUGAAAACUUGUGUAAUAUUCUUCAGUGGGCUUCUGUUCAUCCAGAUGAAGGUCCAUUUUCUGGGGGAGAUUAUGGACCCUAUGUUCAAUCAGAAAGGCUUCAUUUGUACCAAAAAUAUAUUGAAACUUUGCUGGAGAAUGGUACUGCUUAUAAAUGCUUUUGCAGCCAAAAACGUUUAGAUUUGCUGAAGAAAGAAGCAUUGAGAAAUAGGGAAACUCCUAGAUAUGAUGGGAAGUGUCGCCAUCUAUCAGAUGAAGAGAGAAAAGACAAACUUCAAAAAGGUCUACCAUAUGUGGUAAGAUUAAAACUUGUACAACUAUCUGAACCUUUUGAAGAUUUGAUAUAUGGACCUAUAGAAAUUGAUUUAACUGAAAAUGAGGGUGAUCCAGUCCUAAUGAAAACGGACAAUUAUCCGACCUACCAUUUUGCAAAUGUUGUGGAUGACUAUCUCAUGAAAAUCACUCAUGUUUUACGAGGAGUAGAGUGGCAACUUUCAACCCCCAAACAUUUAAUGAUAUACCAAGCAUUUGGUUGGACACCACCAAAAUAUGCUCACUUACCACUCAUAAUGAAUAAUGAUGGGACAAAAUUAUCUAAACGCCAGGGAGAUAUACAUGUGGAACAUUUUAUGAAGUUAGGAUAUUAUUCAGAUGCUUUAUUAAACUAUAUAACUCUUCCUGGAGGUGGAUUUACAAAGGGAGAUAACGAGGUCCUGAAACUUGACGAGUUGGUAAAAAAUUUUGAUAUAAACACAGUGAAGAGAUCAUCUGGUAGACUUGAUCCAGCACAUUUAGAUAGACUUAAUCAGUUAUUUAUUCAGAGAAAAAUCUCAGAUGGAGAAAUGAAUGAACUUACUGAAAAAAUUAGAAAAAUAGUAAAGAGUAAAUAUUCUGGAAACCUUUCUUUAGAUGAUUUGUCAGCUGAAUACUUGGCACAGAUCAUGUGUUGGUGUCAAAACAGAAUUAGCCGACUUGAUGAACUAGCUGGCAGUGAUUUUGAGUUUUUAUGGCUAAAGCCUGAUAAGAUAGAUAUUUCAAAUAUUGAUAUUUCUAAUCCUUCAGAAGUUUUACAAUCUUGUAUAGAAUGCAUAAAAAAUAUGGAAACAUUUGAUGAAUCCAGUGUUGGGUCUGAAAUGAAAAAGAAUGCUAAAAGCAUGAAGGUAAAAUUUGCUCCAUACAUGAAAUUUUUAAGAAUGUGUUUAUCAGGAUUAAAGGAAGGCCCGUCUGUUGGAGAGAUCAUGACAGUACUUGGAAAAUCAAAAACGUUAGAGAGACUUAAACAUGCAAGUUGUAUAUGUGAAGAGAAGGAAUCAUCUAGAACUGAAAGCUAAUCAUACUUACUUGUUCUGUUAAAGAGCUAAUGUACUUUUAGAAAUUAUUGUGUUGACAAUUUGCAAAAGAUGUUCCUGACUAUCUGAUAUAAAAUUCUAGAAAAGCUCA